AUGAGGUUCUCAGAGCUCCUGGCUGCCCACACCAUCCCAGAAUGGAAGAGGAAAUACGUCUGCUAUGGGGUCCUGCUAUCAGAGUAUCAGACGUACCUCAAGGCUGCUCAUCAGGAGUUCUUCAGAUGCUGUGAGAAUGAGCUCACGAAAGUCACCUGUUUCUACUCAGCCAAGCUGCUGGAGGCCAAGAGGAGGAUGGCUGAGUUUGGCUCCUGCUCCCCCGUGGGUACCGCUCCUCUGGAGACCAUGAUGAUGAUGACCAUGAUGAUGAGUCAGGAAGAGACAGAGGCGCAGCAGGCCCAGACGACGCACGGCGGGCGAUGCUCCGGUCGGCAUGGCGACCACAACAUGUCUGACCUGCUGAGGGUGUGCAGGGGUAACCCCGACUUCCAACAGCUCAGACUGGCCACCAGUGAACUCCACCUCAGCCUGCUCUACUUACAGAGCUACCAGCAACUGAACUACAACGCCUUCAGUAAAAUCAUGAAGAAGUACGACACCAAGUUUGAGUCGGAGAGGGGACAGUGGUGGAAGACUGAAGUCCUGGACACCUCACUGCUCUGCACAGACUGCCACUGGCCACACCAGCUGAUGGAGAAGCUAGAGGUGGGGCUGUCUCUGAUGGUGCACCUGGAGGGGGAGGACAGACAGAAGGCCCUGCAGAGCCUCCGAGCCCCAAAGAGGGGUCUUCCACAGUCGGAGCAAAAGUGGAUCAUGUUUCGCAUCGGGGUGGUCUGCGGCCUCCUCAUCACCCUCCUCCUGCUCAUCUUCAUCACAGCCCAGGUAAACACAGAGAUCCCCUGGGAAGAAAAGCCCUCCUCAUCCUCCUCUUUCUCUUCCUCUUCCUUCUUCUUUUACUCAUUCAACCCAGUGGUGCAGGGCCCGGACUGGGGCCGUGUGAGUCCCUCGCUGCGGGCCCACCGUGGCUGCUUCCUGCUGCUGGAGUUCCUGCUCCUGCUGGGGGCCAGCCUGCACCUGUGGCACCACUCAGGGGUCAACCACGUCCUCAUCUUCCAGCUGGACCCUCGGGAACACCUCUCGCAUCAGCACCUGUUCCAGGUGGCGGGGGCUCUGGGCGUGUGCUGGUGCUGCAGCGUGCUGGCGUGCCUGUGCCCCCCCUUGGUGACCAUGCCCCCUCUGUUGCCCCCCGUGCUGCUGCACUGCCUCCUCCUGCUCCUGCUCCUCAACCCCACCCCCACCUGCUACCCCCACGCCCGGCGCUGGCUACGGGACGUCCUGCUGCGGGUGGUCACUGCUCCUCUGUGGCCUGUGGCGUUUGCUGAUUGCUGGCUCUCCGACCAGCUCAACAGCCUGAGCCCACUGCUACUGGACCUGUGGCAUCUCUUCUGUUCCUAUGGCAACACAGGAAGUGACACGUCAGACUACCUGCCCGCCGAGCAGGUAUCUUCUCUGGCCGUCACCUGCCUGAUCCAGUGCCUCCCUCCCUGGCUGCGAUUGGUGCAGUGCCUCCGGCAGUUCUGGGACACCAGAGACAUCAUUCACCUGCUCAACGCUGGCAAAUACUCCACCGUCUUCCUCAUGGUCAUGUUCGCCGGCCUCUACAACAGAGCCAGAGUGCAACUGGGCCAGGUGUGGGAGGUGAACGUUUGUGUGUACCUGUGGGCGGUCUCCACCUGUUUCAGCGUGCUGGUGUGUGUGAGCUGGGACCUGCUGAUGGACUGGACUCUACUGCAGGGCCAUGGCCUACUGAGGAAGGAACUGCUCUACACACACGAGGUAUAG